AUGGGCUGCGGUUCGUCUUCCCCCGAAGAGCCUCUGGUUCCCCAGCGAGUCGUCUGGCUCCGACACACGGCCCUCAACAAGUCGGAAAUCCUCGUCCACGGAGACGGCCAGCCCCCCGAUUCCACCCCGCUGUUCUCUGCCCAGCUGCACACCUACACCAAGCCUUCGCUGCGAUUCUUCCAGGGCCCCAUCGGAGGCGGUCCCCAGAUCGGCGAGGGCAACUUCCACCAGAUGACAUCCAACACCGACCUCAGUCUGCGCGGGCAGUCGUUCAAGCUCAACAUGAGCCAGCUCACCUACGACUUUACGCUCAAGGGGACGCCCAUGGGCGAGCUCAAGUGGAAGAAGAACAAGUUUACUGGCGGAUCGCUGGAACUGGUCGACGGCAGCGACAGGACGCUGGCCAAGGUCAAGUCCAACGGCGUCAAUAUCCUGGAGAAGAGGCUGGAGAUUUACAUUCAGUGCGACGACUUUUUCGCGGACCUCAUCAUCUUGUCGGCCAUUGCUGCGAGACAGGUCACGGACAUUACCACCGACCAUACGGCAGUUGUUUACUAG